UCAAGCGGCAAAUGACAACUUUGGACUCAGGAGAGGUCCAUUGUGGUAUUGUUUGCUAGUUUCUUUUCUUUUCUUUUUCUCAUCUGUGUGCGUUUUUCUCACUGGCCCAGCUGUGAUCUGUGCAUCUUAGUCUAUAAACCCCAUAUGCUAAGUUUAAUAUCCAUCAAGAGUGGCCUUUUAUUAUAAUGAUAUAAAAUGAGCUGACUGGGUUGUUCCUUAAGGGAAAGGCAACAGGGCCAAGUUAGGACAGAGGGAUUAAUGAAGAACAUUACAGCAGCCCUCACUCUCCUGGCUCUAAUAUGGACUCAAAUAGCAGACAUAUCCAGGGUUCCUGGAGUGUCAGUUGGAGUUUUCCAUGAAGGCGAUGUCGUUUUCUGUGAAUUGAUUGGAUAUUGUGAUCUUGAGCAGAAAUUACCUACAAUAAGUGAUAUGAUAUUCCCCAUUAGCUCCUUGUCCAAGGCAUUUAUGGCAUCUAUUUACGGUGGCCUUGUUGAUAAGGGCGUACUUAAUUAUGAGUUACCAAUCCGCAAGAAUCUCCUGGAUUUCUACAGCACUUCACCGCAGGUCGAGUAAAAUGUGAAUGCGAUUAACCUCCUGUCUCAUUGGAUGGGAAUUGCAGGAGGAGAGAUGUUUUACUUCUAUGAUUAGCCUCUCCUUAAUGACAGCAGUCUUACUGGAAUAUUUGGCAGCCUUCUAUUAGUUCACCCCUUCAGGUCAACAAUGCAGUAUAAUAACCUU